UAACUCCCAAUAUUCUUGUCAUUCCCCAGGCUGACCUCUAGAGCGUCUUGGCCAGCCUACCUGGACAGGUUGUUGUGAGGCUCUAAUCUCAUAAUAAAACACAGUGUCCAACCUGCUUGGCAGGAAGGCAGGCUGGGAGCUGCCCUGCAAAGAAAACUGAACAUCUCUGGGCUGCAGUACUCCCGAGGGCCGACAGAUGGCCCGUCCUUUGCUGCCCCCUGUUGGCCGGUAGCGGAGUUGCUUCAAGGCGGGAAAGGCGGCGGCGUCGCCUUCCACAGUAAAGAUGGCGGCCGCGGCCUUCCAAGCGCUGCUUCGGCCUCCCCGUUGGCGCUUUCUCGGCAGGUGUAAGUUUCCGGAGCUCGUGGGAGUCGGGGCGCGGGGCCUGGGCAGGUGGACGGUGCGGGGGGCAACGGCUUCAUCAUCCCCGGCAGCGGCUUCGCGACGACGAGCCUUGUCGGUGGGACCUGGGGAGCGGCAGCCACAGGAGGGCCGGCUCGCAAAGGCGGAGGCGGCGACGCACUACCGGCUGCUGUUCACGUGUAAGGUAUGCAAGACACGAUCUGCUAAAACUAUUUCCAAGGUGGCUUAUCAUCAUGGAGUCGUGAUAGUGAAAUGCUCGGGGUGCAACAACCAUCAUGUGAUUGCUGAUAACUUGGGCUGGUUCUCUGACUUGGAGGGGAAGAGGAACAUUGAGGAAAUCCUCGCAGCCAAAGGAGAGAAAGUGAGGCGAGUGGCAGGCGAAGACGCUCUCGAACUCUUAGUUGAAGACCCCAAAUUGCUGGAACUUCUGAGCAAAGCAGAAGGAGAGAAAGAUCCAGAGUGAUCAGAAUAGACAUCUUCAAUCAACCCAGGGGAAAAAAAACUUCCCUAAGUUAGACCUUUAUUUGAAGUAACGCUUUGUAGUGUUCCUUCAGUUGGGUUUUUUCAAAUCUUGUGGAUUGCAGGAUUGUUGUUUCUUGGGAAAUGUUUUUCAUUGACUGGCCACAAGACAUCCUGGUUGGCUGCUUCCAAGGUGAGUUGAGUGAUUUCAGGGUCAAGAACUUUUGUAAACUAUUUCAAACUGAGACUUUGCAACAGGGAAAAUAAGUUUUUAGACAUUUUUAUUAUUUAACAAAAAAAAUCAUGGACAUAAGAGACUGACAUUACACUGACUUGCAAACGUGUCUUAUGUUUGAACUUAUGCCCACAGAGCACUCAAACUACAUAUGCAUCUAAUAUAAAUCCUAUAAAGUACUAGAAGAAAAAGUAAAGGGUCUAGAAGCAACUCUUAUUUUGAAACUCGAUGAACAAAGUGAGAAAUCCCAACUGAAACAAGACGAUACUGCAA